UUGGAGUGGUCGCUCUGCUUAACCACCCCGUAAUACUGCAAUUAUUUUUAAUAAUUUAUUUACGUGUAUAAAUACGGCAAAUGGAAAAAUGUCCGGCAUCAGUGCGUCGCUGUGUGUGCUUCGACAUCGACAAUAUGAAAUUCUUGUUGUUAGUUUUCUUUGCCCUCAUCGUUCUGACUCAAGCAGAACAAGAACAACAGGAAGACGUUGUUGAAGUGAAGAAACCGGUAAAAAGAGGUAUUGGAUUGGGUUAUGGAUAUGGAUACGGCUACGGCGGAUAUGGAGGAUAUGGCCAUUAUUAUCCCUCAUAUUCCUAUUAUCCAGUUAUCAAAUCAUACUACGGAGGCUAUGGAGGCUAUGGAGGAUAUGGCGGAUAUGGACAUGGAUUAGGAUAUGGAUACCCAUAUGGUGACUGGUGGUGGUAAAUUCGCCAAUGUUUGGUUUUAAUAAAGUAUUGUUAAGAAUAUUGUAUAUAUGAAUAAAUUAUUGAAAAAU